UGCCUGGCAGGAUCGUUUUCUCCGCCAUUCAUGUCGUUACGGUGAGGGAAACGGAACGUUCCAGUGUAACGAUGGCAAGCCUUGCGACAGUAAUUUGCUGCGCCUUUCUGCUGGCCACCUGUGGCUUAGUAGGACAUGUAGACGGUCACGGAAUGGCGCUGGAUCCAAUUGCACGAGGAUCACGCUGGCGCUGCAAUCCGUUGGCGCUUCCAAACUACACGGACAACGAGCUGUUUUGCGGUGGCUUCCAAGUGAACUGGAACACGCACGGUGGAAAGUGUGGUGUGUGUGGCGACAACUAUGGGGAUCCCGAACCGCGACGCCACGAGUUGAACGGUAUUUACGGCCAGGGCGAUAUCGUGAGGCAGUAUUUGCGAGGGAGUGUGAUCGAGGCGCGCAUUCGCAUCACGGCCAACCACCGAGGGCACUUUUUCUUCGACGUGUGCAAUCUCGAUACGGGUGCGGAGGACGAAAGUUGCUUCAACCAGUACCCGCUGUACCUGGUCGAUGGAAGCCGUGAGUGGCCGCUUCCCUCAACGGACCCCGGAGAGUAUUACAUCAGCCUCAAGCUGCCCGAUGCGCUCGUGUGCAGUCACUGUGUGUUCCGAUGGACAUAUGUAGCAGGCAACAACUGGGGUUACUGUCCCGACGGAACGGGUAAGCUUGGCUGUGGGCCGCAGGAAACAUUCAAAACGUGCUCCGAUGUGCGGAUAGCAAACUCGGCCGACUUUGUGCCAAACUUUGCGUACUGUACAAAAUCGGUUUAGCGGAAUCUUUUUGAGUGAUCUGAGUGCUGAAAAAGACCUUUCUCGAAGGAGUGUCCCACGUCAACAACGGAAACCCGAUAUUUUUAUCUACGCCAAACAUUAUUUCAAUUUUAUUCCACGUUUAAAAUACAAAUCCUCUUCAGUCAGGCGGAGUGGAAUAAUUAUGUACGACAUGUAGUGGCAACGGGUGAUUCUCUUAGGGAAGAAGUGUUUUUCUUUGUAAUCUUUAGUUCCGCUCUUAUUCUGUUUUCUCGCAAAGUUCCUAUUGUUUCACACGAGCACAUACAGGCACCUACAAUGCGUACACAUCUAGUCUACGCGUUUCCAUUCAUUCUUAUGCUCCUCGUUCAACCUGUGACUACUUAUAAUGAACCUAUUCUGCUCUAUUCCUACGCACAAACGUGAGUUCCUAGUUGUAGUAAUCGCGCAAAACCCAUGCUUGAAAUAAAGGAAACUAGUGUAA